GAGAGUAAUUCUGUCAUUAGUCAGUGGCCGGCCGUAACCGACAGCGAUCGGCAAUGUUGUGGUGCGAAUUUUUCCUGCCGUUCCUGUUUCUCUUCUCGUAUGGAGGAGCAUUCAGAAUACUGCCAGCGCCGAGCAGCCCCAAAUGCGGCUACAGCUCAUGUGCCGCAGUCGAUCCGAGCAAAUUGAACAUUCAUCUGGUGGCUCACACGCACGACGAUGUCGGCUGGUUGAAGACGGUAGAUCAGUAUUUCUUCGGAAGUCGGUCUAAGACGCAAGUGGCUGGCGUGCAAUAUAUUCUGGACAGCGUCGUGCAAGCACUGGUGGCAAAUCCUGAGAGAAAGUUUAUGUACGUGGAGACUGCUUUCUUGUGGAAAUGGUGGGUCCGACAGGACAAGAAGACCCAACAAAUUGUGAAGAAUUUGAUAAACGAAGGCCGGCUGGAAAUUAUCGGCGGUGGAUGGAGCAUGAACGAUGAGGCGGUCACGCACUAUCAUUCUCUGGUCGAUCAGUACACCUGGGGAUUCAGACGACUUUACGACACUUUCGGAACUUGCGCGAAACCGCACAUAGGCUGGCAAAUAGAUCCUUUCGGUCACUCCAGAGAACAAGCGUCGCUUUUCACGCAACUAGGAUUCGAUGGUCUGUUCCUGGGACGCAUUGACUACCAAGACAAACGACAGAGGAUCGAAGACAAAUCGAUGGAGUUCAUCUGGAAAGGCAGUCCGAAUUUAGGAUCUAAUGCGGACUUGUUCACGGUUGUGUUGUACAACACUUAUUCCCCGCCACCUGGAUUCUGUUUCGAUGUUUUAUGCAGGGAUGAUCCCAUCAAUGACGAUGUUGAAAGCGCAGACUACAAUGUUCCCGAAAAGGUGAAUCAGUUAAUGCAGUACGUGGGUAAACAAGCAGACAUAUACCGCACGAAUAACGUCAUAUUAACAAUGGGCGGAGAUUUCACGUAUCAGCAAGCGGAAAUGUACUUCAUUAAUCUGGACAGAUUAAUAAGAUACGUGAGGGAACUGAACAGUACCGAGGUGAACAUAUUCUACUCGACGCCGUCGUGCUAUCUGAAAGCAGUGAAUGACGCUAAUCUGCAAUGGCCAACAAAGGAGGAUGACUUCUUCCCGUAUGCCAGCGAUCCUCAUUCUUAUUGGACCGGAUAUUUCUCGUCGAGGCCUACUAUCAAAUACUUCGAACGAAUGGGAAACAAUCUUCUGCAGAUUAAUAAACAGCUGGUCGUGUUGGCUAAUUUCACGGAACACAAUGCUCAUUUGGAGCAUUUCCGAGAAGCGAUGGGUAUAAUGCAGCACCAUGAUGCAGUCACUGGAACCGAAAAGCAAUUGGUUGCCGAUGAUUAUGCUCGCAUAUUGUACAAGAAUAUGGAGCAAGGCACGGAGACAGUGGCCGCAGCGUUAAAAAAAUGGACGUUUGGAAAUUCAAAUGUUACGACUACAAAAAUGUUCUCUUGCAUGGAGUUAAACAUCAGCUCCUGUCCGUACACCGAGGAACAAAAUUCGAUACUCACAAUUUAUAAUCCUUUAUCGUUCCAAAUUGACACGCCAAUUCGCGUCCCUGUCCAACAAGGCACCUACAAAGUUGAAGAUCUAUCAGACUCGGCCAAAAAAGUUGUCUCGCAAUUGGUCCCCAUUCCAAAUUCUGUACAACAAAUCCCUGGACGAGUGAGCAAAGCAACGCACGAGCUUGUAUUUAUGGCAAAGGUGCCAGCAUUGGGAUAUCAGUCUUACAAAGUGAUAAAAACAAGUGAUACAUAUGAAAAUAUAGUAACUUCGACGGAUUCCAUCCAGAACGAGCUUUACGAGAUAUACGUGAACAACGACGGAAAAGUUGUUGUAAAUUAUAAACAGGAGAAGGACAUGAGUGUUGUCCAGUCGUUUCACUAUUACGAAGGACAGGUAGGAAACAACGAAAUACCUAAGAAUAGGUCGUCAGGUGCAUACAUAUUUAGACCAAUCGGAAUGUUUGCCAGGGGCUUCAUGAACCCUACGGAUUACAAAGUAUACAAAGGCGACGUGGUGCAAGAGAUCCAUCAAACGGUUAACAGUUGGAUCAGUCAAGUGGUCAGAAUUUACAAUCAAAAAGGAAAUGAAGAAAAUGUCGAAUUCGAUUGGCUUGUGGGCCCGAUACCUGUUGAGGACAAAGUUGGUAAAGAGAUCGUCACCAAGUACAGCAGCAACUUGAGCUCGAAGGGAGAAUUUUUCACCGACAGCAACGGGCGUGAAAUGUUGAAACGACAGAGGAACAUUCGUCCAACGUGGAACCUGAUGUUGGAGGAGCCAGUGUCUGGCAAUUAUUAUCCGGUCACUACUAAGAUAGCUCUGGAAGAUGAGGACAGGUACCAAAGGCUCAGCGUGAUCACUGACAGAGCCCAAGGUGGAACCAGCAUGAAAGAUGGGGAGAUUGAGCUGAUGGUUCAUAGGAGAUUGCUGCAUGACGACGCAUUCGGUGUGGGCGAAGCUUUGGACGAGACUGCAUUCGGUCAUGGUUUGGUAGCUAGAGGAUCUCACUAUCUUCUCGGAGGCAGCACAAAAGAUUUGGACAAGUUGAUAUUGAACGAGAAGAUUUCGACGCUUAAGUCAGUGCUGCGACCAUGGACCCUUGUGACACCGUUCAAAGACGACUCUGAGAUCACUCAGUUCCCUUAUCAAACACCGGUAUCCGGUCUGAACAAUUCCCUACCAGUGAACGUUCAUUUGUUGACCUUGGAGCCUUGGAUAUACGAUACCGUUAUAUUGAGAUUAGAACACAUUUUCGAGAAGGACGAAGCUAAGACUUUGUCGAAAUCUGUCAACGUCAAUCUUCAGGGCCUGCUCGCAAAUCGCAGAAUUUUAACAGUUAGGGAAACGACACUGGGAGCCAAUAAAUGGUUGCAGGAGGUGAACCGUAUGCAAUGGAAAGCUGACUCGAACGAAAUUGUUGAGCAGUUCGAAGAAUUACCAUAUAACAUUACCCAAUAUAAUGUUACUCUCAAUCCGAUGGAAAUACGAACAUACAUUAUAUCAUUCAUGCCUCAGGAGUAGUUAUAUGUACAUACGUUAUUCAGUCAUAUCAUUUUAUCGCAGAAGUACAUCGAAUUAUUCUCAAUUUCUGCAACAUGAAGCUCGGUUAAAAUAGCGAAAAGUCUCGAGAGGAGCUAAUUUAGAUAAACAACGAAACAAUUAGCGAAUUUAUCGUAACACAGUUUAUAAGUGUUAAAAAUAAUCUAUCCUGUUCUGUUUGUUAAGAAAAUUUAGUUUUAUACUGAAAUUGUGAACACUACGUUGUAAAUACUCGACAAAUUUAAAUACAGCAAGAACGGACAAGUCUGUUACUGACAAUUUUAUUCAGUGCCAUUUAAAAAUAGUUAAAACUAUAGAACAAAAUAAAUAAAUAAAGCAACUACUAAUUAUAA